AUGGCUGUAUCUUUCUCCCCCACUUCCUCUCCGUUUACACGGGCUGUGGUGAGCUCCAUGCGGAAGCUCUACCCAGAGUCAUUGGCGGAGAAGAGCUUUGACAACACGGGCUUGCUUCUGGAAGCCCCCUACAAUCAUGGACGGAGACAGAAGAAUUCCGUUCUUCUCGCCAUUGACCUGACCAAGGCAGUGGCUGACGAAGCUAUCGCGCGCAAGGACUCGGUGGUAGUCGCCUAUCACCCGAUCAUCUUCCGCGGAUUAAAGUCCCUCACCCUGAACGAUUCCCAACAGCAGUCCCUCCUCCGACUGGCCCAAGCAGGCAUUAGCGUUUACUCGCCACACACCUCUGUGGAUGCUACUCCCGGAGGAAUGGCCGACUGGCUCUGCGACAUCGUCACGGGAGCAAUCACUCCAUCCACCGACUCAGCUGCUUCCAUUCCGAAGUCUUCAUCGUCAGCCACGUACUCCCAACCCACAUAUCCUCAACCUGGCACGGUCUCUCCUGUCUCCUCCCAGCCCCACGUCCGAACAACCAUCCAUCCUUCUCCGGCCCCAGUCCCCGAGGGUAUGGAGUCGGCCGGGAUGGGUCGACUAGUCACAUUUGAUACCCCGCAGUUUCUCACUUCCAUUGUGGAUCGGAUCGGAAAGGGAGUCGGUUACCCCGGCGGCAUUCCCAUUGCUAUCCCGCAGUUAGCCUCGGUGGAGACCAUGAAGAUUCGUACUGUGGGAGUCUGUCCCGGGUCUGGGUCGAGUGUCUUGUUGAAGGCUCCCGGCGGGAUUCCAGAUCUCCUGUUCACCGGUGAGCUAAGUCAUCAUGAAGCGUUGGCGGCCAUUGAGCAGGGAUCCGUGGUGGUAGCGCUUGCGCAUUCCAACACCGAGCGAGGCUAUCUGCAUGCGGUGAUGCGGGAGAAGCUGGCCGACGCCCUGAAAAAGGAGUGGGAGGUGGUCCGGUCGGAGGGGUUGAGGACUCUAGGAGAGACCCCGAACGAUAAUGAUGGUGUCGUGGAAGCGUUGGAGAUGGCAUACGGUGAUGCAGAAGUCUUCGUUGAUGUUAGCAAGCGGGAUCGUGAUCCGUAUGGGAUCAUGAUCAGACAGGCUUAA